AUGAAUGACGAUAGCGAAGAAAGUGACGGAGAGGGUGGUUUGGGCAAUCUCAACCGACUGAUAGUCCGUCCACCCGGACACAGUGGGAAAGCCAAGCGCGGUCAACUCUGCUUCGACGCUGCUUUCGAGUGUGGCAACCUGGGCCGAGCAGAUCAUAUCACAGAACUGGAAUACGACCUGUACAUUAGGCCGGACACUUGCAGACCGCGGUCGAGGUUUUGGUUUAAUUUUACUGUUGAAAACGUAAAACUCGAGCAGCGCGUGAUUUUUAAUUUCGUUAAUUUAGGAAAAGAACACAAUUUAUUCGAUGACGACAUGACCCCCCUGGUACGAUCAACUUCUCGACCUAAAUGGCAACGAAUUCCCCGUCGUCUCGUUUUCUACCAUCGCUCUCUGGUGCAUCGCGGACGAAAGAUUCUGAGUAUAGCCUUUGGGUUUGAUAAAGAAGAAGAUAUCUACCAAUUUUCUGCAGCAGCGCCCUAUUCAUAUUCAAGGCUACAGAAAUAUCUCGCCGGUUGGGAGAAACGAGCAUUGCCUUUUGCCACUAAGGAAAUUAUAGCGCAAACAACACAAAAACGAAAUGUUGAUUUAUUAACUAUUGGCGAUCUGUUUUUAAAAGAGUGGGAAUUUAAAGACGAGCUCAACGUGAAAGGAAAAAUUGGCGGAGCCAAGAAACGGGUUGUACUUAUAAUGGCUAGAGUGCAUGGCGGAGAACAACCAGCUUCCUUUGUUUGUCAAGGUUUUUUGGACUAUAUAAUAAGUUCCUCAGAAAAAGCAGCAGCCUUGAGAAAUGGUAUUGUUAUACAGGUUGUACCGAUGCUUAACCCCGAUGGAGUAUUUCUUGGUAACCAGCGCUCUGAUUUGCUCGGUUCCGAUUUGAAUCGCUGUUGGAAUAAAGCCACCACAUAUGCCCAUCCAGCCCUCAUUGCUGUGAAUGAACUGAUACAGAAAAUCACGGCUGAAAAAACUCUUCAGUUGGAUUUCAUUAUAGACAUUCACGCCGACCUGAGCCACGAGGGUGUGUUGGUUCGAGGAAACUCCUACGAUGAUGUUUAUAGAUUCGAACGACACGCAGUGCUGCCCAAGUUCAUGGGCAUGCGCGUGGAGGCGUGGCAGCAGGAGUCGUGCAUGUACAACGCUGACUCGUGCGCGACGGGCAGCGCGCGCCGGGCGCUGGCCACGGGGACCAUCGACGCGUACUCCUUGCUGGCCUCCUUCGGCGGACGCCGGCUCACUCCCAGGGGACCCUUCAUGCACUACACUGAGGAUGCCUAUGCUAAAAUAGGAAUAGCAUUAGCGAAAGCGCUGUGCGAUUACUACCGACAUAUCGGCGUGAUUCCACCACGUGAAGGAAUAUCCAGCAAGAAAAAGGAGUCACGCAGAAAGCGUAGACGGAGACCAGUCUAUGAAAGAGAAAGAUCUCCCAGCUCGUCACCAGAGCGCCGAGUGCUGGCGGCGCGGGUGCUGUCGCCGCUGCUGCCCGUGGCGUCGCCGCCGGCGCUGCGUUCAUUCCCCUCGCGGACCACAAGGAACCUUUCGCAGAAGUCGCGCCCUCGGACUGUGUACAUUGGCGACAGUGUUUUGCCUAUCAUCACAGGUAAAGCCGUCCGGACUCCUCGUCUCGCAGUGGUCGACUUGAGCGCUUACAUACGUACUCCCGCGUCUUUCCCCAACCACAGUGCCCGUCUGCCGCGUUUCCGCACGACUAAAGCGCAUCGGCCCUCGCACGUUCGCCUCACUAGCGACGAGUACGACACACACGACUCCGACUCUUGAGUCGUACGACUAUUGCGACACCAUGUACUAAAGUGUCAAGGAAGAGCUUCCAUUUUUCAUAUCUUCUUUAAUUAAAUCUACUCGUAAUAUCUAAAUAAUGUUUUACAAUUUUUAAAUCUAAUAUUUGGUCUUACAACUUUUUCCCUCUCUAGCACCUCUUUCGAAUUAAAUUUUAUAUUUGUAAUGUGAAAUAAAUGAAAUAAAACAAAUCGUGUUUUU